UCAAGUCCACUCGUCUCCAAUGCGCAGACGCAAGUGCUAACGUGACACUUGUCGCAAAUGUCGGCUAUAUAAAUCCAACCUAAACAUUCAGUCUUUUGAAGACAUCCUCACAAAUAUAUCCAGAUAGACCACAGGUAAAACAGACAUUCGUCUUGCCAGGUGUGCAUUCUUCUGGGGAAGUUGACUGCGCGAUACACAGAUUCCCUUUGCUUCCUUGUCAUGAAGCUCAAUUUUUUUGCCACCUUCGUCCUCCUCGUUGCCUUUCCACCUCGAUAUGAAUGUAGAGCGAUCGACAGCCCCAGUCAGCAAGCUCCUGGCACAGAGCACGACCCUCAGCAGUCCCUUCCCAUUUUGGCACGUGUGGGAGAGGAAUACUUCAUACGACUGGGCAACGAAAAUCCGAAUUCACCUCUGUCAGCAACAAACAUGUAUUCCGAAACCUCCCCGUCAGUCUUCAAAAGAGCUCUCCAGCUUCAGCUAACGCAACGUCUGUUACAAGGCAGAGUUGGUAACGUGAAGCGGCUAGUCGCCAAUUACGCACAACAGCUAGACGACUCGAUGGAGAGGGAGCGACGGUCGGAGGAGCCUCCUAUUUCUCUGGAUCUCACCUUCCACCUGCUCCGAGAAGUACUAGAGAUGGCAAGAGCUGAACAAUACGCCCAGCAAGCGCACAGUAAUCGGAAAAUGAUGGAACUCUUUGGGAAGUAAAAUUGAAAUCCGCCAAAGAAAUUUUUACAUUUAGCACAAAAACAUAAUAUGUACUAUAGUGCUGCUUUUCCAUCCAUUUAUUUAUACUGUAUUUAUUUAUUUAUUUUUUGGUAGAUUUACGCUCAAGUCAAGAGCAGAAAUGUGGAAUUGUAGCCUAACGCAGCCUGGUAAUCAAGUAGAAACAUAAAUGCGUGAGUCAUCACUUUCGGUAAUUGUUGUAAAAGUGCUUAACAAAAUGUAGCCAAUAUACAAUGAGUUUAAUUUUCUAUAGUAUAAAUCAUUUGGGUUUUGAGAGCCAGACAAGGCUGUAUACUAUUCAAAAUUAUAUUUUAUCUGAUAUUUUAUUUCAUUGUACAUUACAUUGUGUAAGUUUGUUAAUAAACUGAUGAGCAACCAGUAUUUUUGUUGUGCAAGAGAAUGUCUUAUAUUUAUAUUUUUCAAUAAAAAAUGAAAAGCCAUUUUUACACUUCUUUGUCG